AACAGCAACGCAACACAAGACUCGUAUAUCCACCGACUUGCGGCGAACAAGUGGUAGCUACAAUACUACAAUACCUUCACCAUGUCUCGUCGAGACGAAGAUUUGGCGUACGGCGAUUACAACACGCGUGAAGGUGAAGAGGGUGACCGCGGCCUACUCGGCGACGUGGGUCGGCGUUUUGGCUUUGGCAAGAAAGAGAAUACCGGAUCCCAACCCUCAUCGUCGAACCAAGGCAGCAGCGGCGGCAUGUCUUUCUUCAAGAAGAUUCACGACCCUCUUCAUGGCUUCGUCUCCGACCUGAAGGACGCCAUCUCGGGUGACGAUCACGCACAGAAACCUCCGGCAGCAGCGACUACAUACGAGCAGGGUGGACAGCCACAGCCAGGGCAAGAGUACCAUGAACAACAUCGCUUCUUGAGCUUCGCACCUGAACGACAUGGUAACGAGGCCAAAUGGUAUGUCGAUGGUUUUAGUAUAGCACUGGAGCGCGCCAAGGAGUCGAUAUGGAUCUUAGACUGGUGGCUGUCACCAGAGCUCUAUCUUCGCCGACCUCCAGCCAAGAACCAACAGUACCGGGUCGAUCGAAUGCUGCACGCAGCAGCCGAACGCGGCGUGAAGGUCAACAUCAUUGUAUACAAGGAGGUUACCCAAGCCCUGACCCGUAAGUUACUUAACCCAAUAUUGCCCAACUACCUUCACUCUCUCCUGCCAAACUCGACGGAUUGGUUCACCAAAGGCCUUAACAGAUCCGCUGAUUGCAUCACCCAUUACAGUCUCCUCUUCCCACACGAAGCACCAUCUCGAAGAUCUCACCCCAAUAUCGGUGUUUUCCGACAUCCCGACCAUUUGCCGGACGCGGCCGUACUACAGUCGGAUUUAUUCGCUUCCCUCAAGAACAUGUCUUUGUCACCAGCAAAGCUCGUACAGCUUCCGGGAGACGGCCUAAAGGCGCUUUACGGAGCACACGAAGGAACUGUCAUGUAUUGGGCACAUCACGAGAAACUUUGCCUAGUUGACGGUCAUACUGCUUUUAUGGGAGGGCUGGACCUCUGCUAUGGACGUUGGGACACAAAUCAGCAUUCGAUCGCGGACGCGCAUCCCGGCAAUGUCGACCGAAUCGUUUUCCCGGGCCAGGAUUUCAACAACGCCCGCAUGCUCGACUUCCAAGAUGUGUCCAACUGGGAGAACAACAAGCUUGACAGAACAGAGAGCUCUCGUAUGGGAUGGUCUGAUGUCGCCUUGUGUCUUUCUGGCCCCGUUGUACAGGAUCUUCGCACACACUUCUCGCAGCGCUGGAACUUCAUCUAUGACGAGAAGUAUAGCAAGAAGGCUACCAGAUAUGCCAGACUACCCGAAACCAGCAGCGGAGCUCAACAGAGCGGUGUCUACCCUCCCCCUCCCAUGCAGCAGCGUGGCAUCGAGGGCGAAGAGGAGGGCGAACGCGGAUUCGGUGGCGAAGAAGGCGAUCGAGGACUGUUCGGCCGCACAGGUGGACUGCGCCAGAAGAUGCAAAGCAAAUUUGAACAGUACGAACAUGGGUCCAGUCAGGGUCAGCAACAGUCUCACGUCGAGCACAGCGCUCAGAGAGGCGGCGUCGAGUGCCAAAUCGCGCGUAGUGCUGCCAAAUGGAGUCACAAUCUGGUCAACACUGAGCACUCGAUUCAAAACGCUUACUGCGAGGUCAUUCGCAACAGCAAGCAUUUUGUGUACAUUGAAAACCAGUUCUUCAUCACUGCUACUGGCGACCAGCAGAAGCCGAUCAGAAACAAAAUCGGCGCAGCCAUCGUCGAACGCAUUGUUCGCGCUGCUCAAAAUGGCGAAAAGUACAAGAUGAUUAUUCUGAUUCCUUCGGUACCUGCAUUCGCCGGCGACCUGAAGCUCGACGAGGCACUUGGUACUCGCGCCAUCAUGGAGUUCCAGUAUGACUCGAUCAACCGCGGAGGCCAUUCCAUUUACGAAGAGAUUGCCAAGGCUGGCUUCAACCCCAUGGACUACAUCCGUUUCUACAACCUUCGCAGCUAUGAUCGCAUCAACUCCAGUCAGGUCAUGCGAGAAACUGAAGAGCGCAGCGGUGUCUCGUACAACCGAGCCCAAGAAGGCUUUGACGCUGUACACGACAGUGCCCGCGACUAUCAAGCCUAUCGCCCACCGCCGACGCAGGAGUAUGGUGUCUACGAGAUGGAAGGCUCCUCAGCCCCUCCUCUAGCUCAACAAGGCAAUCAAGGUGAUUAUGAACGCUACCAACAAGAGGCCAGCAAGGUCGGAGGUCGUCAGGGUCUUGGCGACGGGCGUUGGGAUACCGUCAGCGAGUGCUACAUGCUUGGCGGCGAAGACAUCCGCAAUGUGCCCUGGGAAGGUAGCCCCGAUUCUGAAAUGGACGCUUUCGUGUCUGAGGAGUUGUACAUUCACAGCAAGCUUCUGAUUGCUGAUGACCAGAUUGUCAUCUGCGGAUCUGCUAAUCUCAACGAUCGCUCUCAAUUGGGCGACCAUGAUUCUGAGAUCGCUAUUAUCAUCCAGGAUCCAAAGCCCAUCGAUUCGCAAAUGAAUGGGCAGCCAUAUCGCGCGUCGGAGUUUGCCGCGAGUCUGCGAAGAGAGAUCUUCCGAAAGCACCUCGGUCUACUCAAGCCCCAAGAUAUGGAGCGUCCAGACGCCAACUACGAACCAAUCGGCAUACCCAACAAAUACGAUUGGGGUUCGGAUGAGGACCGACAAGUCGUCGACCCGUUGUCAGACGAUUUCCUGGGCAUGUGGAACUGGAGGGCGCACACCAACACACAAGCUUUCGGAAAGGUGUUCCACCCAGUGCCCACGGACGAAGUCAGGAACUGGAAGCAGUACGAUGAGUACUACUCCCGUUUCUUCGGACAAGACCAGAAGGCCAAGGAGAACAAGAAGCCCUCAUUGUACAAGUGGGGCCAUGUUGUUGCAGAGAACUUCAGUCAGGGCGAGCAGGGUGUACGUGAGGUCAAGGAGGUACUCAGCACCAUCAAGGGUACACUCGUUGAGAUGCCUUUGCUUUUCCUCAAGGAAGAGGACAUUGCGAAGGAAGGCGUCGAACUGAACGCUCUCACCGAAGAGAUCUACACCUAGUUCAAUGUGUCGAGUGUGAGCCUCAACAGGUUCGAGAGAUGGAAAAAUAUAGGCUAGAUAUGGAGCAACCAACGAAUGAUGAAGCAUGA